AUGGGUGAUUUAUUACAAUAUAUUACAAUUGCACAUGAUCAGAAUCACCCAUCUUUCAAUGAUGCUCAGAAUGCAUUAGUUACAAUGCAGAAUGAAACUCCAAUUGAAACAAUUCAACAAAUUUUGCAAAUUUUGACAAGCCAAAACCUAGAAUAUAAGCAACUUUUCUUAUCAAUUGUUAUAUUAACAAACUGUAUACGAAACCUAAUUACUCCAUUAACAGAAAACAAUCCAGAUCCUACUAUAAAUGCAGAUGAUUCUCUGAUUAGAGAAAUUUUUGAUGUAUCAUUCCAUUUCUUUUUGCAUGAGAACAGUACGAUCAACGCAUUAGCGCUAAAUCUUGCACAAAUAAUCAUAUCACCGCUGAAAAAUCGAAUAUUAGAUUUUGAAAUCAUUCCAAAGCUGGCCAAUUUUUUAGUAGAUGAUUCGUUAUCACAUGGUAUUUCACUUGCUUUACAGUGCUUGAUUACAAUUUACGGACCAUCCGAAUAUUAUCAAAAUUUAGUCGAAUUUAUACCAAAUGUCAUGACUAUUCUCCAAAAAUAUCCAAACGAUUACGAUAUCAUCGCCGAGUGCUACAAUUAUCUUUACAAUUUUAUCAGUAAUUUUACUUCAAUUUUCAAUGAAGAACAAUUUGCACAAUUAGUACAAAAUGCAAUAGUACUUUUAGAGAAGACACCACUUAAAAAGAGUUGUUAUAGGUUUUUACAUGCCGUUUUCGGCUAUUUUCCAAAUAUUAUCAUUCAAAAUUUGAAUCAAAUCUUUACUUUUAUAUAUGACGAUGUCAGACCCGACCAAGACGAUGAAAUUUUACAACAAGUUCAUAGUUUUAUUGAUCGUGUCAUUAUAAAAUCGAAAGAUUACGAAUUUGAUCGAGAUUUAAUGUACCAAUUGCUUCCAAAGCUGUUUAUUACUGUUAAGACCAUCAAGAAAGAAGAUGUUUUAGAGCCAUUCGAUUCAACAUACUUCGCUACCCAUACAAUUCUGAAAUUCAUAAAAGAUUUCGACCGCCAGUUCGGAAUGGAGCAGCUGAACGACUUCAUUAUACAGAACUCCAGCUCAGAUGACCUGAUUUCCCAUGAAGCGGCCUUCAGAAUGCUCUCAAUCCUGAUAACUUUCAUUUCUUUGGAAGAAUUAACGAGUGAUUACAUAGAUCUGUGCAUAAAUGGCAUGAAAUCGGAUUGUAUAAGAGUCCAGUACCAUGCACUGCAGACAUUGAAGAAGAUUAUCAACCAAUUUCCCGAAAAACCAAAUUUAUAUUAUUCUUUUUUUGAAAAUUACGAAUCUAUUGUAUCGCAAUCGGAAGAUGUGUGCAUAAACUCAAUAAGGGUGGCCAUAGAAAUCGUAAAAUGCCAAGGUUUCAACUUUUAUGAUGAACUUUUGCAAUUUGUUAAUAAUAUUUUAAUGAUUAACGUCUUCCAUUUAUCAGACCCCCUUUACAAGCUGUCCAAGAAGGUUUCUGAGCUAAUUCACGAGCCAGAAUUUAUUGAUAAUUUUUUAUUGUUGUUUUCUCAAUGUUUGAUUGAAAAUAUCUCCGAAAUAUCAGAGUUUAUGAUAGAUGGAAUCGUAAGAAGUACAGAAGUCCUCAUUUCCGGCUCAUCAGAAAAUUUUGAAGGAGUUGCAUUGAAUUUGAUGGAACUCUGCUACCAAAUAUUGAGUUCUCAUGAGUCAUACAGCUUCUUUGACCUACUUUCAGCCUUAAUUUCCAGAAGAUUUGAGUCAAUUAUUGAAAAUUCUGUUCCUUUCUAUGACAUGCUGCUUCGUAAUUUCGAAAUUACUGAUAAUGAUGAACUGAUAAGUCACAUGCACUAUGUUAUUCCUAAAGUUGUCGUCAAAGAAAUUCUUAAUGAAAGAUAUGUUGAAUUUCUUCAGUUAAUUUUGAAUUACUAUCGCAGUAUCUCAGGAGUUUCCAAUAAAAUCGGUGCAAUUAAGUGCUUUAAGAAGUUAUUUGAAGAAGAAAAUCCGGAAUUAAAACUUCUUUUCAAUGACGUCUUGAAUUCCUUUAAAUUGUUGAUGUCGAACAUCCAUAUAAUGAUGCAGAAGUAUGGAUCAAGCAUUCCAAGGCUUUUGUUGUCGAUGGCGAGAUUAUUAUUAAAAGUUGUUGAGAAAUGGGACCAACAAUGCUCAGAACGUGCAGCAUGUUUCCUCAUGCACAUGUCCUGCGUCAUUUCUUCAACAAUGAAGGUUCCUAGCGAAUUUACCAAGACAUUUUGCAAAGUUUUCACAGUAAUCAGCCAAAAAUACCCACAAAUAUAUGAAAUGUUUGUGAAGAAAGGUCCUUACAUCGUUCAUUUCAUUGAACAAUUAUAUGAAGAUGGCGAUGAGAGUGAUUAUUAG